AUGGACGAGGGAAGGUCUUUUGACAGCGCAGAUGAGUCCUUACUUGAAGCUGCCUUGAACCAAGCAUUUACUCCUCCUCCCCGGAACCCGACGAGUCAUGACGGUCGCUGCACUUCGAGGGACAAUGCGGAGGCUGCCAUUUCAGACACGCCACCGGCGCCAAAGCCUUUGGAGCGUCUUGUUUCCAACCAAGUCCUAGAGUCCUGGACGUCAGAGUAUGAAUCUCAGGUAGAAACGUGGCGGUCACAGUCUGCGGAAGCUCGAGAGAAAGCAGAAAAAGAGCGAGCGCGAUGGGAGGGCAUACGUGUGAGGGAACGCGAGUCAUCUCUGCAAGAUUCAAAUGAGGGUUGGGAAAGAGUUGGAAGCAAAGGCAAUAAUAGUCUGGCUCCUUCCUCGGUAUCUGGAUUUACGUCAAGUGUCGCUGAUUCCGGCAGGGAUAUCGCGACAGUCGAACUGCCAGCCGUCCCCCACAACCCCGGUCCGGGUCCUCCUCCCUCGCAGAGUGAAGGCUCACAGAAAUGGGAGGAUGUCCCUUCAUCCAUAACUUCGUCCUUUCCCUCAAUGUCCUUCCCCGAGCAUACGGAGAAUUCUUCCCCAAUUCGACAGCGUCCAGAGGGCACCAAAGCCCCUGUUUCUGCUACGCUCGCCAUCUUCGAUUCUUCUCUGUCAACGCGUACCCGUGUAAAGGCGUUAUUUUCUUCUCUAGCGAUAAACUUUUUUCUACCGUUCGUCAAUGGCGUCAUGCUUGGUUUUGGGGAAAUAUUCGCGAAGAAUAUCGUUCUGGAAUGGUGGAGGCCCGGUUCGUCAGCUACGAUGACAGGUAUACGUGGUGGACAGACCCUUAGGAUGCGGAGGUCGUGA